AUGGCAAGUGUAUUUGAAACAAUCCAUUCAAAUAUAGAACCCACAUAUAGAUUUCGUUUUGACAAUUCUGAUAAACAUGUUCAUCUUACUCAACAACAACUUGAUCGUAUUCCUUAUUUAUCGUCUCUUGUAGCAAAUAAAAAUGAUUUUUCAUCAAUUCAAAACCAGAUCGGUGAAUAUAUAUUAAAACCUCCAAUUAAUUAUACUUCGUUCAUGAUUAUUCUUAAUUCACUCACAUCUGAACAACCGUAUAAACUAUUUAAUGAAUUACCUGAAGAUGAAAAUAUAUUGGAAACACUUCAACUCUUACAUUAUCUUGAUGUGAAUUCAUUUCCAACUCCUCGUUUAACAGAUAAAUAUUCAUUUUUAUCAAAUUAUUUUACUAAUCAUUUCGGACCAAGUCAUGUUAAAUAUCAUCAAGUGAAAAAUAUCUCCGAAGCACGAGAUACAGCUGCAGAAUUCAUUAUAGCUCUUACCGAUAAAAAAUAUGAUUUGCAGGAUUUCGAUAAAGUGGAAAGUGUCUUCUCUCUACUUAUGAUUAUUUUUUCGAAUGCAACUAUCUAUAGUUCACGAUUUCGUCACCAUACUUUAACAGUAGUGAAUGAAUGUUGUCUAUCUUCAUUUUCUGAAAAACAACAACUUCAAUUGCCUACUCUUGAGCAAAUUGCUCAAAACAAAGCUAUCGACUCUUGGGUGUAUUUACACAAUAAUGACCAACCUGUUCCUGAAAACUUUGAAAAUACCUUUGCUUGGAGAGGUUCUUACCAAUCAAUAAAAGAGAAUGAUACUAAGGAUCUUUCAUCUUUGAAUAUACUUAUCAUCGGCAGAAAGAGGACAGGAAAGUAUAGUAUUAUCCAACUUUUAAAACAACCUAUGGAAUACAAAGAAACCUACACUAGCAUGGAUCAUUACUUAUACUCAGUCAUUUCUCCUACACUCGAAAGAGAUCAUCAACAUUAUUAUCUCUCAACACAUCUUCAUGGUGGAUUGUCAUUGAUAAGUGAUGAUAAAAGUCGAUAUAUGAAUGAAGCGAAGUCAGCUCGUUCAGGACUGUUCAAUACUCUACCAAAACGACCUAAGGUCGACAAAUUUAAGAAUCGAUUUGGUCCGAAAGAUAAAAAAUAUCGAUAA